AUGUUGUAUAUGCCAACAACAACAACAACGUCGCCGGUUGUUCUUCAAGAAACUUUUCAACCUCCAUUACCAUCAUCAUCACAUUAUUAUAUGUUACAAUCAGCUCCGAUUGUUCCAGCCGUACCAGUAUUGAAUACAACUUAUGUUUAUCCUCGAUAUGGUUUCGUACCUAGACCAGUUGAAACAGCUGUUAGUAAAGAUGAAAUUGAAAAAUUUCAAUCUAUGCAAAUCUUUGAAGCUGUUCAACCAAUACAACAUAUUGUACAUCAUCAUGUACAACCAUGUUCAAUGAAAACAUGUCCUGGAUAUUGUGAAUUAUGUUGUCCAUGGAUAAAGAAUACAACCCAUCAACAUUGUCAUACAUCUUUAUCAAAUAAUGAAAAUUCUCAACAAAAACGAUAUUCUCGUCGAGAUGAAUAUGAACGUGAUGAACUUAAUCAAAAUGAUCCAUACAGCCAUGAAACAAUUGAUGAAAAAAUAGAACGUAUUCGACGUGAAUUACGUCAAAGUUCAAUGCAACAUGGAACAGCAUCAAGUUUUGAACGUCCUAGAUCACGAUCAAAUUCUCGUCCACGUAGUGCAUCAGGAACACGUGAACCAUGGCGUUCAUCAAAUCAAAAUGAUUAUCAAUGGCGUGAUUCUCAUUUACCUGCCUAUCGUGAAGCAACAUUAGCUCGUGCUGAAACACCAGCCAACGAAUCUCGUACAUGGAAAGAAACAGCACAUGAACGUAGUCAUGAAAAUACAAAAAAUGCAACCUCAUAUCAUAGUAAAAAAGAAUAUGUUUAUCGACCAAAAUCUGAAACCGAAGCACGUAAAUGGUAUACACAAACUACAGGUAAAGAUCCUGAUCGUGAAGUAUAUCAAGCAUUACGUGGUGGUACAACAACAUAUGACUAUAAAGGAGGAGCAUCAUCAGGCAGUUGUUAUAAUAAACAUCAAAGUACAACUUAUGCUAAUCCAUGUCAUUCAAAUGCUGGAACAACUACAAAAACACAUUCAUUACGAAAAAUUGAUUCAACACAACAUCAUAAUUUAUAUGCAUGUAAUCAACCUUGUUUACAUGUAAUACCAAAACAAGGUAGUGCAGCCGAUCCACCCUAUGUGAAAAUUCUUAAUGCACCAGUAACAUAUCUUCAUUAA